UUGUCACUCGGACAAUAGGCGACCUCCUGGUUAACUCAAUUCAAAAAAAAUAAUCCGGCUGACUGCUGAAAGCGACAUUUUAAAUACCGAUCAGUUUAGAAAACAGACGUACCUGUUCUGCAAAUUCAACUGUCAAAAAUCUUCAAGAACUGUUUUCGGAGAUGUUACAUGCUUUGGAUUUUAACAAAGGUGGACGAUAGAUAUUACUAGGACUAGAGAGAUUAUUUUUUGCUGGAAUUUUACCGCCGUGAUGUUUUGGAGGCAAGCGUUUGGUGUUUUGGCUCUGGUGAUUGUAGGAAGCUAUGCACAGAAUGCAUGCGUCAGUACACCAUGCAAGAAUGGCGCUACUUGCCUCGGUUUCGACAGUCUGCCAAACUUCUUCGUCUGCACAUGUGCAGAUGGAUUUGAAGGCGACACUUGCGAACAAGUGACGACUGCAUGUUCAAGUGACCCCUGUCAGAAUGGUGGACAGUGCUUUCUACAGAGUGGAACCAGUGGUUAUACAUGUCUUUGUUCUACCGGCUGGACCGGUACAAAUUGCCAAGUGGAGGAGGGUCCGUGUGAAAGUUUCCCGUGCCAGAACGGUGGGACGUGCGUGACCAAUGUUGGUUUCUACACGUGUACGUGUCCUGAUGGUUGGAUUGGAACCAGCUGCGAAGUUCCGUUUUCGACAGACAACUGCGCCGGUGAGCCCUGUAAAAACGGCGGGACGUGUUCCAGUUUUGGAGGGGCCUUCAGCUGCGCAUGUCCGUCAGAAUGGAGCGGACUAACAUGCGAAAGUGGUAACCCUUGUCUGAGCGACCCUUGUCAAAAUGGCGGCAACUGCAUUAACUUCCAGACUUUCUUCACCUGUAGUUGCAUUAAUUCCUGGCUGGGUGACGUCUGCACAGUUGGACCCUGCAAUAGCAACCCCUGCCAGAAUGGAGGAGUCUGCACCGAUGCCAACGACGCCUCAUCCUUUACAUGCGACUGCCCCACCGAGUGGUUAGGCUCCACUUGUUCCAUAGACAAUCCUUGCCUACUAAAUCCUUGCAACUCAAACGGCGACUGUACACCAACGGCAACCGGGAUGGACUACACGUGCUCAUGUAAUGUUGGUUGGAACGGGCCUAAUUGUGAAAAUGCCAAUCCGUGUGAGAGUAACCCGUGUGGUUUGAAUGGCGUGUGUCGUAAUAAUGACACUGAGUACUACUGUCUUUGCCUGAGUGGAUGGGUGGGCACCAACUGUGAAGCCGAGGAUCCAUGCUUGAGCGGUCCCUGUCAGAACGGUGCCAUGUGUACCGGGGAACCAGACCUGUAUACAUGCACAUGCCAGCGUGGAUGGGUCGGCGACACCUGCAACAUUGUGGGUGACCCCUGUUUGAUUCUGUCACCGUGCAAGAACGGCGCGACGUGCGCCAACCCAGAUACCGGUUUGUAUGACUGCACGUGUGCUGUGGGCUGGAUCGGCACCAACUGUGAUAUCGUUGAUACGUGUUUACCGGCCCCUUGUCAGAACAGCGGCAAUUGCACUGUGGAAGCUGAUGGGUAUUCCUGCUCAUGUGAAGAUGGUUACUCCGGCAAAAGCUGUGACAUCGUUGAUCCCUGUAUUGUGGACAACCCUUGCAUGAACGGAGCUACGUGCUUCAACCCAGUGGGUACCAGUGAUUACAACUGUACCUGUGCUGAUGGGUGGCGGGGAACCAACUGUGAAAUCGUGGAUGUGUGCUUCGACAACCCUUGCCAAAAUGGCGGCGUUUGCGUCUACAACGGUGACACGGACUUCAACUGCACAUGCCCAGGAGGAUGGAUCGGUGACGUUUGCCAUGCUGAUGACCCAUGUUUGCCCAGCCCAUGUCAGAACAACGCUACGUGUGUCCUAGAUGGCCUGAGUAACUACAUCUGUAACUGUGUGCCCGGCUGGACAAGUACGGACUGUGAAAUAGAGGAUGCCUGUCGUAGCAACCCAUGCCAGAAUGGUGCUACGUGCACCAACACAGACCCUGGGUAUGAGUGUGCUUGCCCCAACGGCUGGCUGAGCACAAACUGUGAAAUAGCCGUUAGCCCAUGUUUGUCCACCCCUUGUCAGAACAAUGGAACAUGCCAUGAGAAUGGCCCAUCUUAUGUUUGUGAUUGUGUUCACGGAUGGUCCGGACUAAGUUGCGAGGAGGAUCCAUGCUUCAGUAACCCUUGUAAUAACGGAGGUACCUGCGACGUUGUUUUAGGGGAAAUUGAUGCCAACUUUACUUGUACCUGUCAGCCUGGUUUCUUAGACUUCAACUGUGCACAAGUUGAUUUUUGUUUCAGUGAUCCGUGUCAGAAUGGAGCCUCGUGUGAGCUGCUGACGGAUGGUUACAUGUGUCACUGUGUGGAAGGAUUUCUGGGAACGACUUGUAGCGAAGUUGAUUAUUGCUUCAGUGAUCCGUGCCAAAACAAUGCAACGUGUAAUCUGUUGUCGGACGGCUACAAUUGUGCCUGUGUAGAUGGCUAUCUGGGCACACAUUGUGAAAUCGAGGAUUUUUGUAGCAGUAACCCAUGCCAGAACGGGGCCACGUGUAACUUACAACCGUUCGUUGGCUACACCUGUACGUGUGCGGACGGUUUCCUGGGCACGUUCUGCGAGAUCGGCCUGGAGCCCUGCACCUCACGCCCCUGUCAGAAUAAUGGAAUGUGCUCACAAACCAUUGACUCGUACACGUGCACGUGUCUGGCCGGGUUCUCUGGAUUGAACUGCGAGGAGGAUUUCUGUAGCAGCAACCCGUGUCUCAACCAGGGAGCGUGCGAUCUUAUUCCCAACCAGGGAUACAACUGCACAUGCCCUGUGGAUUACUUCGGCACACACUGUGAAUUCUUUGAUCAUUGUUUUGCCGAACCCUGCCAGAACAAUGCUACUUGCCAGCUGCUGACUGACGCCAUUGGCUACAACUGUCUGUGCGUGGAUCCGUACAUCGGCAGAGACUGUGACGCAAUUGAUUUUUGCUUUGACGAACCCUGCCAAAACGGAGGGAACUGCCAGUUGACCUCAAAUGGCUUCAACUGCCAAUGUGAAGACGGAUUCCUAGGCGACAACUGUCAAAUAAUUGACCACUGUGCUAGCAAUCCAUGUGUGACGGGUUCAUGUGCGCUCAUCAAUGACAGCUAUGCAUGUGAGUGUGCCAACGGCUUCGUAGGAGCUAACUGUGAUAUAGUGAAUCACUGCAAUAGCGAUCCAUGUAUGAACGGUGGUGGGUGCCAGCUACUGGAGGAUGGAUACAUCUGUACAUGCCAAAGUGGAUUCGUGGGAACGCACUGCGAAAUAGUGAAUUACUGUGUAAGUGAUCCCUGCUUUAAUGGAGCCAAAUGUCAGUUGGAAAUGAACGGCUACGUCUGUCAGUGUGCAGCUGGCUACAUCGGCAUCAACUGUGAAAUAGAGGAUUUUUGCUACAACAAGCCUUGCAUGAACGACGGAAUUUGCCAUCUUCAACCCAACGGCUACAACUGUACGUGCCUGGUACCUUGGAUCGGGGACCAGUGCGAAAUACCGAUACCGUGCGACAGCAACCCUUGUCAGAAUGGCGGAACAUGUAGGGAGGUAGGGGCAGAUUACCAGUGUGACUGUAGACCUGGAUGGACCGGCAACGAGUGCACCUUUGGUUUUGACAAUCCCUGCGCCAGUGAUCCAUGCUUCAAUGGAGGCACGUGUUUCCUUCUCAACGCUAACACAGCUUACCGAUGUGCCUGUAAUCCUGGAUGGACCGGUACUCAGUGUCUAGAUUUUGUGACGUACGAGCCUUGUUCAAGCAACCCUUGUAUGAAUGGCGGAACGUGCAACCCGUUCAAUUCUUACUACGAGUGCACAUGCUCAGACCUCUACUCCGGAAUCAACUGUGAAAUUGUGAGUCCGUGUUUUAGUUCACCAUGUCAGAAUGGCGGUUCCUGCAGUUAUAUCAAGGACGAUUCGUUUGACGGAUACCAGUGCGAAUGCCCCAUUUUGUAUAGCGGCACCAACUGCCAAUAUUCUAACCCUUGUCUGAGUGUACCGUGUAUUAAUGGAGGAACGUGUGUCAAUCGUGGUUCGGAAUAUACCUGCAGAUGUCCCACAUACUACGCCGGCACCGACUGCGAGCUAUUCGUUGCUCUGCCGUGCCUGAGCACACCGUGUCAGAACAACGGUAUCUGCCUAAACACCAACGAUGGAUAUGAGUGUACAUGCCCUGCUGGCUACCUGGGAACACAGUGCCAAAUAGUUGCUAAUCCUUGUCUGAGCUACCCAUGCCGGAACGGAGGGUCAUGUUACCAAUCUGCGAUGUCCUAUUCAUACGUCUGUGGCUGCCAAACAGGCUACACAGGAACCAACUGCGAAAUAGUCCCCGCCCCCUGUUCCAGCAACCCCUGUCAGAAUGGUGGAGAGUGUUUCACAAGCGUCGUAGGUCUGGUCUAUUCGUUUGUGUGUCUCUGUGAGGACGGCUAUGGGGGAACGUACUGUGAACAAGUUUUCAAUCCCUGCAGUAGUUCACCGUGCUUGAACAAUGGUUUGUGCUACACGACUGGGGCUGGCUUUGCCUGCGCCUGUGCUGGGGGAUGGUCGGGCUCCAACUGCCAAAUUGAACCGGAUCCUUGCCGAAGUGCCCCCUGUCAGAACUUUGGUUUCUGCUUCACCAGCGUUGUCGGCGCAGACUACCAGUAUGUAUGCUUCUGCACACAGGACUUCAGGGGAGCCAACUGUGAGCUACCAGCAUUGGCUAGGCCGUGCUCCAGCGAUCCUUGCGUGAAUGGAGGUGUGUGUUACGAUGCGCAAUCCGGGGGAUCUUAUGUCUGUAACUGCCCCACUGGUUACACCGGAAAUAACUGUCAGAUAGAUUCGACCGACCCUUGUCUGACGAACCCUUGUAUCAACGGAGGAUUCUGUUCAGUCAUUACCAACACCCAGGCUUACAUCUGCACAUGCCCCACUGGCUACAGCGGCAACAACUGCCAAAUUGAUCUUGCCAACCCAUGUGGUAGCAACCCUUGUCUCAACGGUGGUACCUGUUUCCCAUCGACCAGCGAUUACGCCUGUAACUGUCCCCUAGGUUGGCAAGGACUGCGUUGUGAAACGGCCGUUGUGAACCCUUGUUCCAGUUACCCAUGUCAGAACGGUGGUCGUUGUCUUACCAACACAGUCACUGAGUACGUGUGUCAGUGUACAGCAGGAUACGGGGGCACCAACUGCCAAACAGUUUCAGACCCCUGUUUCAGCAACCCUUGCCUGAAUCAAGCUGAAUGCCUCAACCUGGGCAGUGCCUAUCACUGUAGCUGCCUGCAAGGGUUCUCCGGUGACAACUGCCAAUUUGUUUCUAUUCCACCUGACCCGUGUCUCAGCCAGCCGUGCCACAACAAUGGUUUUUGUCAGGUGUACGAUCUGAACAGGGAGUACCGAUGCUUCUGCAGUCAGAAUUACGCUGGAACGCACUGCGAAAUAAGUCUUGUCCCUCAAAAUCCCUGCGACAGUUCCCCGUGCCAGAAUAGGGGAGUCUGUUUCCGUAGCAGCGUUCAAGAGAGCUACGUUUGUUCCUGUGUGAAUGACUUCACUGGAGUUCAUUGUGAAAACGCACCUGCCCCUCCAGAUCCAUGUGAUCCCUCCCCCUGCCAGAAUGGAGGAGUCUGUUACCCACAAGGCAGUGCUGGCCAUCUCUGCGAUUGUCCAGACAACUACGUUGGUACCAACUGUGAAACUUAUGUCGCGCCAGUUAUUCCAUGUCAGAGCGACCCUUGUCAUAAUGGAGGCGUAUGCUUCCCACAAGGUCCUGGCUACACGUGUGUUUGCGCUAAUGGUUACGCCGGAACUAAUUGUGAAAUUGUGACGGACCCCUGCGGCAGUAACCCUUGUUUGUUUGGUGGUGUAUGCACUUCUAGUUCCUCCAGUGAGUUCGUCUGUGCCUGCUUGGAGGGCUAUACUGGACCGAUCUGUCAGACUGUAACUGCUUGUGUAAGCAUGCCAUGCCAAAAUGGCGCUGUGUGUUUGUCAACGUCCAACGGGGGCUUCGUGUGCCAAUGCUCCAGUCCUAUGUAUGCAGGAACGUUCUGUGAAAUCGAGCUUGAUCCGUGUUUGAGUAACCCUUGCGGCGUCGCUGGUACCUGCAUUAACCGGUUCACUAGCUACCUGUGUAACUGUGAAGAAGACUGGUCGGGUCUCAACUGCGAGACAUCACCUUGUAAUGAGAACCCGUGCAUGAAUAACGGACUGUGCUUUUUGUCUGGUACCCAACGUCGUUGCCAGUGUACAUCAGACUGGACUGGCGACCUCUGUGAGACUGCCGUUCUUCCAUGUGACAGUUCCCCGUGCCUCAACGGUGCCACAUGUCUGCCGAUCUUCACCACUAGCUUCUUCUGUCAAUGUGUGCCGGGGUUCGUGGGAGAUUUAUGUGGAAGUGUGCGUGAUCCAUGUAAUCCCAACUUCUGUCUGAAUGGAGCUACGUGUGAUGUCCAGGGUGCUGGCUUCUCCUGUGACUGUCCCCCACACUACACUGGCGCUCUCUGUGAUCAAGUACUACCAUGUGACCCUAAUCCGUGUAACGAUCGAGGGGAAUGUAUAGUGACCGAGGAUGGGAACAUCAAUGGAUUCACAUGCAUCUGUCAAACUGGCUGGCUGGGCAGACAGUGCCAAACAGCUGAGGUUGACCCAUGUGAUAGCAACGUUUGCCAGAACGGUGGGAUUUGUCGCUCAGAGACCAUCGGAUCAGCCAUCAAGAACUAUGAGUGUGUGUGCCCCACGGAAUGGAGCGGACAGACUUGUGAAACAGCGGAUCAAGCAGCGUGUGCCAGUAGCCCUUGCGUCAACGGUGGUCAGUGCUACAACGUUGGUGCUGGUAUAGAAUGCGUGUGCCCUGAACACUACACGGGAGUCAUAUGCGAACAAGCUAUUAUUGAGGAUCUGUGUAGCAGCGAUCCGUGUCAGAACGGUGGAACGUGCCAGCAACAAAUGUUUGAGUAUGUCUGCAAGUGUCUGUCUGCAUACAGCGGCACACAUUGUGAAUUAGAAGCGACGUGGGGUGGUGAAGUGACCAUUCCAUCGGGGGGCACCAUGUCUCUCAAGUCCCCCUACCACCCCUCCAACUACCCAGACAACCUCAUCACAACAUGGACCAUCACCUCAGCCCCAAACACCACCAUCCGAGCUCACUUCUUAACCUUCUCCACCGAAGCCCCAAAUGACGUCUUGAGCAUCUUCGAGGGACACACCACAACCGCAGACGCGAGGGUGCUGGCCCACUCUGGGGGCGUGGUCCCGGAGGACGUGGAGGCGGAUGGCAACGGAAUGACGAUGCAGUUUGUGACUAAUGAGAAAGUGACGCUGGGAGGUUUUGACGUUUUGCUGAUGGAGAUUGGCGGCGGAGAAGAUCCAUGUUCUCCCAACCCAUGCUACAAUGAUGGAGCAUGUUCAGUAGCAGGCAGUGGUUAUUCCUGUAUGUGUGUUGUAGGAUACUACGGACCUCGCUGCAAAAUAGCUGGUCCCUGUGCCCGUAAUCCCUGUAUGACCAAUGCAGUAUGCCAUGAGAGUACCGACGGGUCAACAUUCGGCUGUACGUGUGCAUCUGGCUGGACAGGUACCAACUGUGACAUUGCUGACUGUACGGUAGAGACCUGUUACAAUGGAGGGACGUGUAACCAGCUGACAGACGGUACCCAUGCUUGUCUCUGUGUUAACGGCUUCGUCGGCAGUCGAUGUGAAACAGAUGUGGAUGAGUGUCAGAGCAACCCAUGUAAGAAUAACGGUCUGUGUGUGCAGCAAGUGGGAUCAUAUCGAUGUCUAUGCUCCAACACCUACACUGGCACCAACUGUGAAAACAGCAAGAGUGAUGAUUCCAGUUCUGGCAGUGGCACCCUGGGUGGAUCAGCAGGGAUGGUUGAUAGCUGGCUGAUCGCCGUCAUGGUCCUAGCAGCAGUCAUUCUAGUCAUUGUUAGCAUCCUCGUCGGCUGUAUGCUGUACAACCGUCGCAAGACCAGCGAUAACCCCAAAGACAUGGUGCCAAUCACGGAGCGCGCCAACUGGCAGAUGAGGACAGGCCACGGUACUAACCCACCAACGGUGCUACAGUCGACGCGAUCGCUACCCAUACCGCAUGUACGACAACCGGUCUAUGCUGAGUACACGCUGGAAGGAGAACUGUUUGAACUGCAGAGCUCUGAGAGCGCUGGAUCGGAUAACAACCGCAGCACGUGAACAGUCGCACAAAUCUAAACCAAUGUAUAAUAGUGGCUGCCUAAAAUUUGUCUUGCAAAAAUGCAAGCUUUGUAAUAAUGGUCUGAUUAAGAGUCUUUAAUUUAUUAUUACUUGGAUGUGAAAGACGAGUUUCAAAUUGUCUUCCUGGUAACUAUAAUUGGCAUUGCAUGCUACACAUUUCAGCCACCAAAAACGAAUCUGCAAGUACUUUUUUCAAAUCCAUUGUUCCUUUUGGGGGUUUUGAGUUAAAUAAACCCAAAGGCUGAUUUAUUCUUUGCCUUACUCUAAUGUCUCUGAAAAUCCCAGCCAGCCCUUUAAACAACAAUAUACUUCUCGUCUGCAACGUACGUGCUUGUACAUGGAUUUUUUGUUUUAGGUUUUUGCAUAAGAUUUGUAAUGGCCUCUGAAAAAUAGACCUAAAGAUGGUUCUCGAUUAGUUGAAUAAAAAAAAAACUGAAUAAUGAA